CUUGGCUUCAGUUCACUGUGCAGUGACGAGUACCGGUACCGGAGAUUUGGAUCAGCUGUUGUUGCAGGAUCCAUUUCAAGGUCAAAUCUGCACCCAGGGGGCGCUACAGUUCCGUCGCUCCUCUUUCCUUCUUUCCGCAGCACAUCAUGGGUGAGUUCAGAGCGUUUGUGGGCGGGCUGGCCUGGGCCACUGAUGACAGGGCGUUGGAGCAGGCCUUCAGCCGCUUCGGCCAGGUCCUGGAGUCCAAGGUCAUCAGUGACCGCGAGACUGGGAGGUCACGUGGUUUUGGCUUCGUCACUUUUGCCGACGAGAACGCUUUGAACGCUGCCAUCACUGAGAUGAACGGCUCUGAGUUGGAGGGCCGCCAGAUCACCGUGAACCAGGCGCAGUCUCGCUCCGGCGGCGGCGGCGGCGGCGGCCGUGGCGGCGGCUAUGGCGGAGGUCGCGGAGGCUAUGGCGGCGGUGGUUAUGGCGGCGGCGGCGGCGGCUAUGGUGCCGGCGGCGGCGGCUACGGUGGACAGGGUGGCUAUGGUGGACAGGGUGGCGGCCAGGGUGGCUAUGGUGGCCGUGGCGGCGGUGGCGGUGGGCAAGGCUGGUAAUGGAUGAGCGCGCAGAGGCAGAGGAAGGGGAGGAUGGCUGGAUCAGGUGUAGGAGGAGUAAAAGAAUGAAUGCAGAAUGACUUUGUGACCUUGUCUUGGGUAUCUGCUACAAGAGGCUGACAUGCGAGGCAGGAGCUGGGCAACCCCUGCAAGCAACACACUCCGCUAGGGUUCAGAGUUUGGUACCACGCAAUAUUCGCUGUCUGCCUAGUGCAGCGGCCUAGGUUUUGUCUCGUCCUUUCUGUGAUCAAGUUUUGGUCGAUAAUUAUGGUGCCAGCAGAAAAGGUUGGCAAGUUAUCAUGUCAGGUUUUGUUUCUCUGAGACCCGGUUGAGACGAAGCGCUGUUGGCAAGCCAGAGCAGAGUUGGCCAGAAGAAUCGACUUAGAAUCAAGCACAGAACUUCUUUCGGAAGAGGGUCACUAGUAUCUUGCGUCAAUGCCGUUCGCUUUCUUGCAAUGAAUUCUCAAGACUCUCUAGUUAGCCUGGUUCGAUUGUCUUGUGACUACGCAGAUUGUAUCGAUGAAUAAGUGGGCAAGCAAAUUGAGUGUUCAGAGUUCUCGCCAAUCCUCUUGGAGCAUCUCCAAGUUGC